UCUGGGAUCACUGGGGAUUGGACUCGAUGAUCUCUAGAGGUCCCUUCCAACCCUAAAAUUCUGUGACACAAUGUCCUGUGAAACUGGAAGGAUAUUUAUUUGCUUGCUAAUUAAAUAAAGGCUUACUAGAAACUCAUGCUAGCAGGGUGCAGGCCAGCAGCAGGAGGAUCUGUCUGUGAGGAAGCUCCUUUUCCUUGGGGCACUAUGGUGAGGAGUACCCUUGUGAGGGCCAUACUGGGCUGUAGCUGUGUACAGAGUGGUGCUGGCUGAGGAUGGGUAAGCACUGUUCUAAAACAUGCAUUUUCUCUUCCCUCUCCCUUGCUUUCCACCUCCCAGUGCUUGGCUGCUGGCUGUCGCUGUGUGCUGCAGAGUCCUUCUUUGCCUGCCCUUCCUCCUGCAAGUGUAACAGUGGUAUCCUGGAAGUGGAUUGUAGUGGCUUGGGCCUCUCUUCCAUCCCCUCAGACAUCCCCACAAACACCAGGACCUUCCUCUUUCUCAACAACAAACUCAGCAUUCUGCCGGGACCAGUGUUUUCCAAUCUCUCUGCCCUGCAGAGGCUGGAUCUAUCCAACAACUUCUUGGAUCAGCUCCCACAGAACAUCUUCAGUGACCUGGGGAACCUCACAGAGCUCCAGCUGAGGAACAACAGCAUCCGGGCCUUGGACAAGGACCUUCUGCAGCACACGGCCCUGCUGCGCCAGCUGGAUCUGUCCAUUAACGGCCUGGCCCAGAUACCCUCGGGCAUCUUUGAUGACCUGCCUGCUCUCCGCUCCCUCUCGCUCAGGUCAAACCGCUUGCAGAGCCUGGACAGGGUGACCUUUGAGCCUCUAACCAGCCUGCAGCAGCUCCAGGUUGGGGACAACCCCUGGGAAUGCGACUGCAACCUGCGGGAUUUCAAGCACUGGAUGGAGUGGUUCUCCUAUCGAGGUAGGUGCUUGCGCAGAGGGAGAGGAGCGGGCAGGUGUUAGUUUGCCACGAGAAGGGAGGAAAAGCAAGCAGACACAGCUGGCAGAUCAGAACAACCUAAAUUCUGGAUCUUAGCCAAGGAGCAAGAGUACAGUGCGAUAAAGCUGACUGACAGCAUAACGCUGCUGCACCUUCAUAAAGUAAU